AUGAAUGUAACUUCUAUUGCUGAAAAAGAAAAACAAAUAGGAAACGAAUUAUAUCAAAAAAGAAAGUUUGAAGAAGCUAUUCUUCAUUAUAAUAUUGCUAUAGAAAAUGAACCAGGAAACCAUAUUUAUUAUUCAAAUAAAAGUGCAUGUUUAGUUAUGACUAAAAAAUUUCAAGAAGCUUUAACAUCGAUUCAAAAAUGUCUUGAAAUUAAACCAGAUUUUACAAAAGGAAUUAUUAGAUUAGCUACAAUCUAUGAAGAAUUAAAACAACCACAAGAAGCAAUUAACUCUUAUCAACAUGUCCUUCAAAUAGAACCAAAUAAUGAGAUUGCUUUUCAAAGACUUGAUGAAUUACUUCGAGAUGAAAAGAAAGUAGGAGAAUGGUAUAAAAAGAUUAAUGAAAUAAAUAGCCCUUUUGAAGAAGAUAAGAAUGAAUUACUAACCAACAUAAAUGAACUAAAUAAUAAUAAAAAUUGGGAAAGAAUCAUUUGUUUAAAAGAUGAAAUUGAAAAUGAAUUUGAUGUCAUUAAAAAAGCAAAGGAAUUAUUGUUUUUAGCAAAAGCAAUGAAAGAACUUAAGAUGGAAUACAGAAGUAUAUUAAAACAAAGCAUUGAAUUAUAUCCAUUUGAAGAAACUCUAUCUUUAUUACAAAGUGCAUAA